UUGUUAUUUAGUUAUAAUCAAAAUAAUGAGUCAAAGUGAUGAAGAGCAGGACUAUAUAUCUAUUGGAACACCUUUUGAAAUAGAAGAGGAUGAGCCUCUUCCAAAGCCUGUUAAAAUCAGUGACCAAAUUGUUCUUGAUAAACAAGGUCGACAACGUUUUCAUGGUGCAUUUACUGGUGGUUUUUCUGCUGGAUACUUUAAUACAGUAGGUUCAAAGGAAGGAUGGGUACCUGCAACUUUUAAAUCUUCCCGCGGAGAUAGAAAGGAAACUCAAAAUAGUUUUAAACCAGAAGAUUUUAUGGAUGAAGAUGAUUUUGCUGAUCAUGGAAUAGCUCCUAAAAAGUUAGUUACCAGUGAGAAAUUCAGAAAUGAUGAGCAAGACAUUGCAUCACGUAAAAGAAUGAUUCAAAAAGCUGUGGACACAGGAGAAAUUCAUUCAGCUGUACCUGGGGGAAUUUUAAUGGAAGAUUUAAUUGUGCCAAGCAAAGUUUCAGUUGGUAUAAAGCUACUACAAGGUAUGGGUUGGAAACUGGGGCAAGGUAUUGGAGAAAAAUUACCUUUAAAAUCGACUGAUGUUGUUUUGAAUGAAAAUGCAAAAAAGAUUUAUGGAUGUAUGCCACAAAAUUCUGCACAUGAUACAGAGCAGGUAUCAGUCAAGUAUAUAGCUCCAAAAGAUAUUCAGCCUUAUCAAUUUUUUUCUAAAGAUAAUGUUCAUGGGCUUGGUUAUUCGGGUAUAAAUCCUGCUACUGCCAUGUGUGGAUUUCUUCAGGAUCUUGAUAAACCAACAUUUCGUCCAACAGGCAAAGAAAAAAGAGGAAUCCGAGGCCAGGCAUUUGGUGUUGGCGUAUUUGAAGAUGAAGAUGAUGACAUUUAUUCAACUGACAAAAUAUCGAACUAUGAUGUUAUUAUGGCUGAUGAAGAAGAUAAAAUUAAUCAUGGUUGGUCAGGUGCACCUAAAAACGAAGUGUUUAAAGGUUGUUUAACUGGUUUCAUUGAGUCAUCUACUAAAACUGUUAUACCUAAACCUAAAAAAAUGCCAGAGAUACCUCCUGAUUUUCAACCAAAACAUGUUUUUCUGGAUGAAGGGAAAGCCAAUUUGCCACCGGAAGGUAAAUUAACAUCAAAAGAACGCAGUAUUUUAUUAGGAGAAGUAUCCAAGCCAGUCAGUCAAUGGACUUUGCGUUGGGAUCAACAACAAAAUCUUGAAGAGAAUAAGAUAAAGAAAGAAUUAGAAGACAGGGAGGAUAAAAAAACAAAAUUUACAUCAAGAUGGGAUAAAUCUAUUCAUGAAGAGCGACCUAAAGUUGUUGCCGAAUCUACCCCAGACUCAAAAUCUGAGUGUAAAAGUGAUGGCUUGUUUAAACCGUUCUCAAAAUUUCCUGAGAAACAAUUACGCUAUGAGAAAUUUCUUGAUGCACAAAAGGCUGGCCUUCAACCUCAGCUUGUCUAUGAUGCUGCUGUUACUGAAUGGGAACGUGAAAGAGAGCUUGCUGAGUUUGCUAGAGCUGCUAUUCUUUAUCGGCCCAUCUCGUCUUCAUUAUUAAAAAAUAGGUUUACACAUGCAACUAUGCUUUCGGCUGAUGAAAAUGAUAAACAUAAAGAAUCAGAUAACAGUACCGUAAUGAACGAUAAAAAGGCAGCUCAGUCAGGAAUGUUUGGUUCUCUAACGCGUACUGUGGUCGAAUGGAGACCGGAGCAGUUGUUAUGCAAACGGUUCAACAUCCCAGAUCCUUAUCCGAAUAUGAAAACAAAAGGAAUACCUGACCGAAUUAAGAAAAAGAAUGGGUUCUUCACAGAAUCUUCUUUUGAAGAGGGGCUGUUAAUGAUCAAAAACAAGGUUUCUGAUAAAAACCAUCUGGAAGAAGAAAAAGAUGAAAACAUUGUUGAAGUUAUUAAAAGUAAAUCGAUACUUCAGAAAAAGAAGCUCACUAUUGGUCCGUUAUCGCAUCUUAAUGAUACAAAUGACAGCGGUCCAACUAUUCCUCAAACUGUACAUUCAGAAGAAAAGUCCGAGGUACCUAGCAUUGAUAUCUUCAAGGCUAUCUUUGACAACUCGACUUCAGAAAGUAGUUCCGACGAAGAAGAAAAAGAAAAUGUUAAAGACAUGGUAGUAAAUGAAUCUAAAGUUGUCGAAAAUAAACCGGAAAUAGUAGAAAUUAAACAGGAAUUCUUUUCUAAAGAACAAAAUUUAAAAAUAAAUCAAGAAUAUAAAUCUUUAACAGCGAAUAAAUCUAUUGAAGCGAUAAAUACCAUCGAGUGUGAUAAAACAAAUAAUGCAGUUUAUAGUGAAUCAUCUCGAAUGCCCAAUAAUAAUAAGUUUUCCAAAAAUCGUACCACAAAUCAACUUGAUUAUUCCUUGAACAAAAAAGUAGAUAAACCAAUUUUUUCUCUGGCAUUUCUUAACGAAGACCAACUCGAAUGCACUAAGGAUUCUACUAAAGAUCCUGUCAAAGUUCAAUUUUCUAAAUACUCAAAAGAACCUUUUAUUAAUCAAUCUGAAAUUAAAAUUAAUAAAAAAUUAGAAACAAAUGAGUUUCAUAGAGACGAUAAAGGAAGGUUUGAAACAUCACCAUAUAAAAAAGAUAAUAAAUCGAAUACUUAUUUAGUAUCUGGUCGCAACAGCUCCAAAAAUCAAGAGGAUUCCAAAGAUGAAUGGGUCGAAAACGAGAGAAAAAAAUCGAAAUCUAAGAGUAAGAAAAAAAAGAAAAAGAAGAGUGGAAAAGAUAAAAAGAAAAAUGUUUCUAGUGAAUCAGAUGACGAUGCCAGAUACAUUCGAGAGAAAAAAGUGUCCGAUAAAUAUAAAUCGCCGGUGAGUCAUAAAGACAAAAAAUCGUCGUCAAAGCAAGAUGACGAGAGUGUGCCAAGUAGUUCUGAAAUUUUUGAAAAACUUAAAUCUGUUUCAAACACACUAAAGAAACGUGCCUCAGCUGCGGAUUUUAUGUAGACUUCUUGUUAGCUGCCAAAAAGUAUUUAUUAGAAAUAUUGAAUUUUCUCAAAUUCUAGAAAAAAUUAAAUUUUAUUAAA